AUGGAUCUUAUUUAUCUGGUCACAAUCGGCUACAGAUGUUCAUUCGUUAUAGGGUUGCUAUCACUUUUCAUUGCUAAAUUAUAUUUACCUGUUUUUUUACAAUAUGGUAAGACAAUAACUAAAAAUAAUAAGGGAGAAAGUAAUGAUUCAAAUGUUAAUAAGGUUCUUUUCAAGAUAGAACAUUUUACAGUGCCUAAAUCAUAUUUCUCACAUUUUUACAUAAUAUCUACUAUCUUAUCAAUUGCAGUGUUGAAAGAUUACCCUAAAUAUCCAAUAUCAUGGUUAUUAUUAGUACAUUCAUUGAGAAGACUCUAUGAAACCAUUUAUGUUUCUAAAUAUUCUAAAAAUUCAAGAAUGAAUUGGUCUCAUUACAUUGUAGGAAUAUGGUUUUACUCAGUAUUACACUUAAUAGUAAGAAUUAAACUACAUCAAGGUAAAAUUUCCAAAGAUAUCAACAUAGUGUCUCUAGUAAUUUUUAUAAUAGCAUCAUGGGAUCAAUAUAAAAACCAUAGAGUAUUAUCAGAAUUGGUAAAAUAUUCGUUACCAACAAAAAGACUAUUCAAAAUUUGCUGUUCACCACAUUAUUUCGAUGAAAUUCUAAUUUACUCUUCAUUUGUAUCAUACAACAACGAAUUCAUAUGGUUACUUAUCUGGGUAAUAGCAAGUCUAUCUAUAUCUGCAAUCGAAACCAAAGCUUAUUAUAAAGAUAAAUUUAGACAUCAAUUUGUCCCGAAUCAUGCAAUUAUACCCUUUAUUUUGUAG